AUGGCCCAACUCUUGGACCGCCAAGAUGAGCCCCCGCUGCUGCUGCCAGAGAUCGAAACCCAGGUCAAUGAGCAGGCGUUGCUCGAGCUCUCGGCGCGCGUGCCCAGCGGCUCGUACUCGCCUUCAAUGACGGCAACUUCGUCGUACACCUCGCUGCCCCGCCAGCACAGCUCCUCGAUGCUCUCAGCUUCCUCGUCGUACGCCACUGCAUCCUUGCAGGACUCGGCCUCAACGCCGCGAAGGCCCGUCCGCAGACCUGGACGCAGGAUCCAGCAGUCCGAUGAGGACGACCACGACCUGGAACCACGGCCCUCGUCGAAGGAUGCUGCUUUGGCGCAACAACGCGCGACGCCCCCUCGAUGUCCAGGAUCGUCGAUGAGCCCUCGAGUGGCUCCGUCAGUCGGCGCCUCGCCACGAGCCCAUCUGGCCACAACCUCGUCCGCCGUUCCUUUGACGGGCGCGCAGGCCUUCGUGCGCGACCUGCAGUCCGCCUUGUCGCUGAUGGUGCUGCACGUCUUCUUCCCGCUGCUCAUGACGCUAACGUCUUCCGCACUGGGCCUGUUGCAUAGCGGCGAAGAAGCGGAGGACAACUCGAUCCAAGGGGCCUUGAAUCGCCCCAUCGAGAAGCGCAGCAAAGAGGCCAGCUCGCGGUCAUCGACAGCGCACCGGCGCUUCACGGAAAAGUUCAAGACGAUCGUGUGUACAUCGUAUCUCCUCACCUCGUCGCUCUCCAUCUCCUUUUACGAGUCGGACCCGGCCCCGCAGCAGCCGUCGCCGAACCUCGACAGAGCUCUUUCAGAGGACGCACAGCACCUGCCACAAACCCGACCGGCACCUCGACCUGUUUCCCUGAGCAUCCCGGCAGCCUCGUGCGACGCACCGGCACCUCGACCGUCCGAGCGCAGUCUGCGAGCGGGGGCUGGCAAGACACCUAGGGCAGAUUUGCUGCCUCGUCUCAGCCCCGCCGGCCGCAGUGUCCGGGACGCCACCGUACUCGCGGUCGCCGUGCUGGCAUUCCUCACCAAGUCGUGGGACGGCUGGUUCCGGCUGAGCCUGGCCCUGUCCUGCCUAUCGUGGGCCAGCAUCCUCACACUGGGCUUGGCGCAGCUCGACGACGUUCUUUUCUUUGAACUGUCGCACAUUCCUUCGUCGCCCGGGUCUCGACCGCUGUUCGAGGCAAGGAUCGAUGACGGUCUCACGCCGGACGAGGAGCGUGCCUAUGAGCGCGAGGCGCUCCGCCGCGUCAAGGCGCUCGUCAAGUCGGCUCAGGCCUACGACAUCACCAUCAACAAGUGCAUCGGAGCGGUGCAAGAGGUUGAGCUGGUUUCCCGCGGCUACAAGCUGACCCAUCCUCUGCCGCCCAUCUCGCGCAUUGAGGCGACGGCGGCGGCGGCGGCGGGGGCUUCGACAUCGGGUGCUGCCUGGUCCUCGCUGGGCUCGCCUUCUCGUAACCGUCAUUCGAUCCUUGGCCUCGGCGGUGCGCAGGGUGCGCGCCUGUCGCGCUCGUCCUCGACCGGCACCAGUGCCGCGUCGAACCGCAAGCACGCGCAGCGCCCUCUCUCGCUCAGCCUCUCCACCGGGCGGGCCUCUCCAGCGCUAUCGUCCGACUCUCACGACGGAGCUGAUCAUUUCCGGCGCCCGUUCGCCGCAGGUGGCGAGCAGGGUCAGCCCGCCGCUCCUCAUCCUAGGAGGCUGGCCACCCUUCGGCGAGCUGUGCUCGAUAGCCUCGACCAGGUGGCGAUCGGAUGCAAGGACGCCAACCUCGAGCUCGAGCAGCUGGCCGAUGGCGAAGAGCUGAGUCUGCUCAAGGACAUGUACGCCCUCGACGCGUCGCCGGUCGAUGCCGGUUCCGAGGGCGACCUGACGCACCAAGAAGACACUUCCAUCUCCUCGAUCGGGCCGGUGACCGAGCACGACCGGCCGACGGCCUGGGCCGCCACGUUGCCGCGAAGUGCUGCCGCUGCCAGCGCCAGCAAGCGGCCAUCCGUCGACCUAGCCCGCACCGGCUCGCUGCGCAGCGACGAUGACGGGUGGUCCCGCGGCGUUGUCAGCCCAGUGGGGCGCAAGCGCCUGUCGCUGCUCAGCGACGGGCUCCCAGCGGCGAUGGGCGCAACGACGCCAGGACCCCACUAUGACCGGGCGGCUGGCGCAUCGUCGUCAGCGUCGAAGAGGGAGAGUCUCAUCUCAGAGGGCCAGCCAAGCACCUACCGCUCGCCGCGGCUCAGCUACGUGACGGAAAAGUCGGCGACGCCCGGACCCAACGAGUCGGCCGCCUCGAAGCGCCUGAGCUACAUCUCUGCCUCUUCCGCUGCCGCCUCGGUCGGGCCCAAGUCGCCCGUCUCGAACGCAUCGCCGUUCCGGGCCGGGUCGCCCUUCGGCCUCUACGCCAGCCCUUCGUCGCGCAACGGCGAGGCGAGGAGCAACCGGACGAGCAUCGUGGGUCCCAACAGCAUCUUCGGUCCGACUGCGCCCCCAGAGGAGGUACUGGACCCUCAGACGCUGCUCGGCCUCAAGAACCGCUUUGAGCGGAUGCACCUCGCCAGGCGCAGGGCGCUCUGCCAUCUGCUUGCCCUCGAGUUCCCGCAGACAGAGGACGCCAUCGGAAAGGAGAAGAAGGCCGCUCUCGACGUGGCGGACUGCUGGGAGCUCCCUUGCCGUCGCAUGGCAGAUCUCGCCGACCUUUUCGCUCGAGAAGCGCGGGCUGCCAUGGCCACGCUCAGCGACGAGAUGGGCAUGGCAUUUGGCACAGCGCUGGCCACGGGCGGCAGCGGCAAGCGGUCGGCUUCCGGAGAGGGUCAGAGCGGCCAUCUUGCGCCGCCGUCAGUCAGCGAGGUUGAUGGCAGGGCCGCAUCGCGCGCCUCGUCUGGUAUCACUGGGCAUCUUGGACUCGAGGAUCGCUUCUCGGCCAUGGCCUUGUCCCUGCGCUCGGUCCAGGCCAAGCUGCGCGUCUGCGCCGAGGACAUCAACGUCAAGCGGCCAUCCGAGCUGCACGGCCUGGAAUCAAGCGGAGGCUCUAGCGGCGACGGAGGCGCUGCGCCAGCUACGGCGACCUUGGAGGCCGAGGAUUCACCAGCUCUCUCGCAGGUGGAUCGCGUUCAGCGCAUGUUCGAGAGCAUCAAGGACGACUUGCUUGCGCUCUCGGCUGAAUGGGAAGCCGGCGUCAAGUUCUUCAAAAAGGAGAAGCGAUCGACGCCAAGCCCGGCUCUGUUUGAGGGCGACGAAGAUGUGGCUCGCAUCAAUGCUGCGCGCGAUCUCGAGUCUCCAAUGGAGGCGGACGAGGAUGCUGCCCGCGCCGGCCUGGGCGUCGGCGUCGAUGCCGACGGGACUGGGGCGUCCCGCAUCGUCUACGAGAGCGGUGGAAAGGUGUCUGGCAGCCGAGCGGCGGGCGCGGGAGCAGAGGAUGAUGAUGAUGACGACGACGACAUCGCGGCUCUGCUGCUGCGCUCGACGUCGCCCCAGCAUCUGCCGCCUCCCGGCCUCGAGCAGGUGUUUGAGAGCAUCGCGGGCAUGGCGAGCAUCGCCGGAAUCGGCGGGUCGAAGCUCAGCAGGGACGAGCGCAUCCGUCAAGCCAAGCUGCGCCGCGCCGAGGAACAGGAGGAAAAAGCCAAGAAGCAGAGCCACCGCCACACGAUCGACCCGGCCGGCAUCGUUUCGGAGCUCAACGAUGUGAUCCGGACGCGCAAGGCCAACGUCGAGCGCAACGCGGCAGCAGCCGGCGGUAGCGUGGACGCAAGCGCCCAGCUCGGCCGGGCCAGCCUCGACGCCAAGCGCUACCGCGAAUCGAGCCCGUCUGCCGGUUUGGGCAGCAGUCGAGUCGGCGCGGGACAGGGCUUGGGCUCGCCGCUCGAUCUGCGUGCCUCGGCGACCAUCACGGGCGUCUUCGAGGGCAACAAUGGCGAUGGCGGGAGCGCCAACUGGUCGCCCGCGAUCGAUACCGACGCUGGGUCGUUGUCGACGUCGAGUCGGCGCGCCUCGCGGUACAAUGUGGCAAACGAGCGACGCGCCUCGACCCUCUACCGACACCUGCACAGGCGAUCCGACGAUGCUGCCGAUGGCGCGGCUUCGGAGUCGUUUUCGCCGCUCGUCGAGCAGCCAUCAAGGGACAGGCUGCCACCGUCGUUGUCGUCGUCGUCGUCGGCCUCGACGUUCCUCCCUGCUUCGACUUCGAACGGGCGCAUGAGUCUCGACGCCGUGACUGCACUCAACGGCAGCCCCUCGGCCAUGGCCGCCGCUCGGCACGGGGCGGGAGGCGUCGCGGCAGAAGGUGCACGGCCGGCGUCGUUCGCCCAGACGCUCGACCUCGACCUCGAGAGGCACGUAGCCGAGUUUGCGGCAAGGCAGAAGCGACAGGCAUCGGCAGUCGGGGCAUCCGGGUGA